GCAAAAUUAGGAAAUUCGAAAUCGGCCCCGAGAACGGCAGAUGAGGGGUAGCAAAAAUCACCCAUAAUGCAUCCACGUCUAACACCACUUGCACGAAGCAUAGGGUUCCCUCUGAUCUUCUUGACGCUUCACCGAAGUAUUAUUUGCUUUGAUUUCGUAAGUUAUACUAUUACUCACUCUUUCAGCCCAAAGUCAAACGAUUCCUUGACUAUGUCUCCGACGCUCCGCACCGCUGCCAUCCCUGCAGCAACUGUUCAGUCCCACGCCUCCAACCUUCUUCAACUUCCCGAUCAGACUCUGCUUUGCGCGUGGUUUGGGGGUUCCCAAGAAGGCCUUCCAGAUAUCAGUAUCUGGCUAUCUCGUCAAGAACCUGGCUCAACCACUUGGUCUGCACCCGAAAAAGUCUCUGCCGACGUCAAUCGCAGUUGUCAGAAUCCAGUUCUUUUCCGAGCACCAAGUACAGGAGACGUAUGGCUGUUCCAUACCUCUCAAGAUGCCGGCAACCAAGAUGGUGCAUUCAUCAUGGCUCGCAUAUCAAGCGACAACGGCAUGACUUGGUCAGAACCACACUUCCCCUUCCGAGGUAUCACUGGAGCGUUUGUGCGUCAACCUCUGGUGGUCCUUGACGAUGGGACGUGGGUUCUUCCGGUUUUUCAUUGCCGCACAACACCAGGCCAGAGAUGGAUUGGUAACAACGACAUAUCGGCAGUUUAUUUCUCCCGAGAUGAUGGUCAGACAUGGGCAGAGAAUGUGGUUCCAGGUAGUUUGGGGUGCGUCCACAUGAACAUUAUUCCCCCAGGGAAGAAGGGCUGCCAGUAUACCGCCUUUUUCCGCAGUCGGUGGGCAGACAGUAUUUACCGUUCCACCUCCCCUAAUGGCCUGGAUUGGAAUCCUCCAAAGCCAAUUACCUUACCAAACCCGAAUAGCGGCAUUUGUGCCGCCCGUCUACCGUCAGGAAAUACCAUUAUCGUCUUCAACAGAUCUGCGGCGGAGCCUAAAAUGGCAAAGAGAGAAGGACUUUACGAUGACAUUACACCGAAAGACGACAAGCGUCCAAACCAGGCUUCUGUCAACGGAAAGAGCGCCAUAUGGGGAACGCCUCGGAAAGAUUUGACCAUCGCAAUUUCCAGCGAUGACGGUCUGACAUGGAAAGAAAGGGUACUUGAGGAAGGAGAUGGUUAUUGCAUGACGAACAACUCCAUUCAGAAGACGAACAGAGAGUUGAGUUACCCAAGCAUCUUUAUUGAGAAAGGGCCGCUGUCAGUGGCGCAUGUUGCUUUCACUUUCCACCGCCAGUACAUUAAAUAUGUCAAAAUACAUGAACUGGAAAGUUGGGUAGAUGAGGCCCAUGUUAAACGGGAAGGUUGAGCUAUAUGUUCCUGUGCAAAUAGGACGAAGAUAGAAAUGCCAUCUUUUAUGUUGGUCAAAAUGAACACUCGAGGUUUUGC